GGAAACAGACACAUUCAGAGAAAAGGAGCAGAGAUGUUCAACAUGCUGGUUCAUAUUCUCUUGUUUCUGCUCACAAUCAACAGAGGAUAUCCUCAAUCAUGUGAUUAUACGUCUGUGUCUCAGAAAAAGCAAAUCAUUAAUAACUUCCUGGACUGCUGGAAGGAUGAAAAGGAAACAAAUAAGGACUUAGGUAACAGUAGAUACAGGAGUUGCAAAGAAAUCAAAGAGAGCUCCAAUGAUGCUAAAGAUGGAAUUUACACUUUAAUGACAGAAAAUGGAAUGACUUAUCAGACUUUCUGUGAUAUGACCACCAAUGGAGGAGGCUGGACUUUGGUGGCCAGUAUUCAUGAGAACAAUAUGAAUGGCAAGUGCACAUCUGGGGAUCGAUGGUCUAGUCAACAAGGAAGCAAUCCCAAUAAUCCAAAGGGAGAAGGCAACUGGGCAAAUUAUGCUAUUUUUGGCUCUGCUGAAGGUGCCACCAGUGAUGACUAUAAGAAUCCUGGAUAUUAUGAUAUAAAUGCUAAAGAUCUGAGUAUCUGGCACGUUACAAAUAACAGCCCACUCAAGUCUUGGAGAACCUCAUCUCUUCUUAGAUACCGAACAACAAAUGGGUUUUUAGCACAUGAAGGUGGAAACCUCUUUCAUCUAUAUCAGACAUACCCGGUGAUGUAUAAUGCUGGAAGCUGCCUUGAAAACAAUGGGCCUGCUUAUUCUGUUGUAUAUGAUAAAGGGAAUCCAAAUUUAGCCACCAAUUAUUAUUCACCAAAUGGAAGAAAGGAGUUUACGGCUGGGUUUAUUCAGUUUCGUGUUUUCAAUGCUGAGAAGGCUGCACUCGCUUUGUGUCCUGGAAUGAAAGUAACCGGAUGUAAUACAGAACAUCAUUGCAUUGGUGGUGGAGGUUACUUUCCAGAGCAAACCCCAAAGCAGUGUGGAGACUUCACAGCCUUUGAUUGGGAUGGUUAUGGAACUCAAACAGGAUGGAGCAACAGCAAACAAAUUACUGAAGCAGCGGUCUUACUUUUUUAUUAUUAGCAAUAACAACAAAAUUUAACUGGAAUGCUAUAAAUAUAUAUAUAAUACUAAGGAAACAUAUUCAGGGAUCAUAGCAUUUUAUAUAUCAGUUAUAAUAGAUUUUUAGUGACAAUGCUGGGUUUACUUUCUCUCUCUGGGCCGAUAAUCUAAAGCUCUCUGCUUUAGAAGAAUGUGAGUACUGGUGUGGUUUAGCCUUAGACAGGGGCUCACCUCCAUACCUUUGCUAUAUUUGCUAACUAAAAUGUUUUACUUUGAGAAUAUCAUGGUGCAGUACAUACAUAUAUAUAUAUAUAUAUAACUAGCCCAGAUGGAAAAAGUUACUAGUCCACUCAAUGUUGAAGAUAGGAAAAGUGAUUGUAUUUUAAUCGACCACUAGAAUUUCUUACUCUUCAGGGACUAUACAUAUAUACAUAUGUGUGUGCAUCAAAUAUGAGAAUAUGUGAUAUAUAUUUAGUAAUACAAAUUAAACAAUCAAUAAAAUACGAGUCAAUCAUGCAGCAAA